AUGGCGCAGACUGUGAACAUCACCGAGCUGUCUCUGCCUCAGCUAGAGGGCCUGAAAAGUCAGCUGGACCAGGAAAUCGAGUUCCUGUCUUCAUCGAUUGCUCAGUUAAAAGUGGUGCAGACCAAGUUUGUAGAGGCCAAGGAAUGUCUGAAUGUUCUCCAUAAAAGUAAUGAAGGGAAACAAAUUCUUGUUCCUCUGACAAGCUCUAUGUAUGUGCCUGGAACACUUAGCAAUGUCUCUAAUGUGCUAGUAGAUGUGGGAACUGGAUACUAUGUAGAGAAGACUGCUGAAGAUGCCAAAGAUUUCUUUAAGAGGAAGAUUGACUUCCUUACAAAGCAAAUCGAGAAGAUUCAGCCAGCUCUACAGGAAAAGCACGGCAUGAAACAAGCUGUCAUAGAAAUGAUGAGCAUAAAAAUCCAGCAGUUAACAGCGGCCCAGGCAGGGACAUCCAAGGCUUAG